AACUAUGGCCCAUCUCUCCCCCUCCGCAAUCUUCUCGCCCUCCGUGGCCCGUCAGCAGCUUGCAGCGGCAAAAGACUGGAACUACAUCGACAACUGGCUCUCUACGAAAUUCAACGGGAAGACACCCCCGCCAUUCGAACGAAAUAACGACACCCUCAAAGCCCUCCUCGCCCUUACCACCCUGAACGAGACUGCGGACGAAGAGCGAGAGCUAUUAGCGCGCGUAGAGGCUAAGGCCCUGCAGGACUUGCAAGCAAAAGAGAAGGCAGAGCCAAAUACACAAUUACUCGACUCGAUCGAAGAGUGCAUGACGCGGGAAGGCAACACCAGUCUCGAAGCACUUUCCAACCUGAGCGUCACAUUGAAUCAGGGUAUUCCAGAUGUUGAGAAACUUGGACGGAGUAUCAUUGAUCUACAAGUUACAACCUGCAGCGUCGAACAAGCGAGCGAACGCGUUUCUAUUCUCGAGAAACACCUGAGCAACGAGCUAGACACUAUCAAUUCCUUGAUCAAGGAUCUUCAAAGUGAUUCAUAUCAGCCUUCUCCAGACCUGACAAAGCAGACAAUAGACUACCAGCGAAAGACCAAAGCCUUGGCUUCCAAACUACCGGAGCUCAGGGAUCGCACUACUUCAUUAUCGGCCAGCCUGGGAAGCCGCAAGGUCACAAUCCAGGAUGUCAAGGCAGAGGAGGAAAGAUUCAAAAGUCUGCUUUCGAUUGUGAAGGAUCUUGAAGUCCAGGUCAAAAGCUAUCAUGGCCUACCUCAAGACACAGAUCUGGCGAGACUUGAGCUCGAGGGUGUAAGGGUCGAAUUGCAGGAUCUGAGACGCCAGAGAGACAGUCUGUUUGAAGGCCUUGUGGAAAGGGAAACGCCGAGGAGGGGUAGAUCAUGA